GCCCGCGUGGUUGGUUGUGCUGGUGCAGGUCGCGCUAUCAAUCCCCAGUUCAAUCCCCAGCCUGGUUGGUCUAGUCUCGCUUUGGAGGCAAAAAAUAAGAAACAAGAAUUGUGUGGUCCUCAGCUUUUCUCACGAAUCCGUCAUUAAGCAUCAAUACAGUUGGUCGUUCGUAAGGGCGGAUUGGGAAUGGCAUGGCGAUGGUUAUUAGCGAGCGAGUUAGUAAUGCUUAGUGUGUGAAAAAUCAAUCCAAAUCAUGUGGGAAAACUGCAUAGAAAACGCGCCGAAAGUGCAUCAGUGAACGAGUGGCAAUCAGUCGCCGAAAAAAAAAAACAAUCCCCCGAGGUGGUCGUGUCUAGCUAAAGUUUGACUACACGUAGAUAGUGUUCCGUAAAAAUAAAGCUCACCUCGGGCUAGAGGCCUGCCCCAGUUGCUAGCAUCCGGCAUUAAAAUGCACCUUAACCUUCGUUCCUUCGCCGGGACCGUCCGUCGCAAAAGCAAAACGCACACCCAGCACCGACAGCCGCUUCGUCCAGAAAGCUCACGAAAUGUAUGCUGAACCGACUGCAGGACGAAAUCAAACAUGACCGAGCGCGCCAACAAUGACCAUUAAUCGACCGGCGCGCGAUGUUCAGCAACAUCCUGCAACGGUACCAAUAGUCGACAGCGAUUCCGGCACGACCCGCACCGGAAGCUCCCAGUUCCGGUUGCAGUUACCGGCGUGGGGUGAAUUUUUCUCACACCCCCACCACCAUCACCACCACCCCCGUGACUACCAUCCUUUGUCGUUGGCUUGUGUGCUUUUUCUGCUGCUGCUGCAUCUGUGUUCGCUGGCCGGGUCGGUUCGGUCGCAUCCACGCAAUGAGAAGGAAAACUUUGUUAAAACCACUGACGUGGAAGCAAUCGAGGACCAGCAGGCCACCCUUUACUGUCCGCUACUAGCAUCGAACCGCGACAAAAUCAAUAUGGUGCUGUGGUUUCGCGACAACGCCGGGAUCCCUUUGUACAGUCUCGAUGUGCGGGGGAAAUCGCUCAACGAUGCUCAACAUUGGUCCGCGCCGCAGGUGUUCGGUCCACGUGCUCGUUACGUGAUCGAAAGUGAUCCAGCAUAUUUGGAAUUGAACGAAAUUAAACGUCACGAUCAGGGAAUUUACCGUUGCCGGGUUGACUUCCAAAACAGCCAAACGCAAAGCUUCCGCUUCAAUCUCACCGUGAUUAUACCGCCAUCGCAACCCGUAGUUCUAGAUCGCUGGGGACGUAUCAUAAAUAGUACAAUAAUAGGACCAAAGGAGGAAGGAGAUGAUAUACUGCUGACGUGCCGGGUGGUUGGAGGCAGACCGCAGCCCGAUGUGCUCUGGUUCAUCAACGAUAAUCUAGUGGAUAAUCAGAUCGAACAGAACACCGGAAACAUUAUCGAAAAUCGUCUGCUCUGGACAUCCGUCCAGCGGCACCAUCUGCACUCGGUCUUCACCUGCCAGGCAUCGAACACGAAGCUGAUGCAGCCCCGCACGAGCAAGUUUGUGCUCGAUAUGUACCUAAAACCGUUGGUGGUGAACAUUCUGAACGCAACGGAAUCGCUUGCCGCCCACAAAGAGUACCAGAUCGUCUGUCAGUCAACUGGGGCGCGCCCGAACGCGGUCAUCCAGUGGACGAAGGGCAAGAAGACGCUGAAGCGCGUCAAGGAGCACUCGAUCCGCAACACCACCUACUCGGUGCUGACGUUCGUGCCAACGGUCGAGGACGAUGGGCGGCUGUUGGGAUGCCGGGCCCAGAACCCGAAGGUGGCCGGCCUGUUCCUAGAACACUUCCAAAACAUCAGCGUACACUAUCCGCCGGUAGUUGUGCUGCAGCUCGGUUCCACACUCGCUAUGGACGACAUCAAGGAGGGUGACGACAUCUACUUCGAGUGCAAGAUACAAUCCAAUCCGUCAUGGCGAAGGUUAACCUGGUUACACAAUGGAGUGCAGCUACCUCAGAACUCGUCCUCGACGAAAAUUGUACGCUCGAACCAGAGUCUGGUCAUACAGAAGGUGACGCGGUACUCGAGCGGUUCGUACCAGUGCGGCGCACUCAACUCCGAGGGCGAAACGCUCAGCAAUGAGAUCGUGCUCAACAUCAAAUAUGUUCCUCUCUGUGCUACGGACAAGAUCAUUAGCAUCGGUGUGUCACUGGACGAAACAAUCACCGUUAGUUGCGAUAUAAUCACGCAUCCACUGGCCAGCAAGUUUUACUGGCGGUUCGAAAACUCGGAAGAGGUGCUGGAAAUCGAGCAGCAUCGAUUUUCCAGCAACGGUUCAUCGAGCCAGCUGCACUACACGCCGGCCAGCGAACAGGACUACGGUACGCUGUCCUGCUGGGGCACGAACGAGAUCGGCACCAUGGCGGAACCGUGCAUUUUCCACCUGAUUGCCGCCGGGCUGCCCACCUCGGUCAUCAACUGUUCGUGGCGUAACUUCACCAACUCGUUCGAGGUUAACUGCCACCAGGGCUAUGAUGGUGGGUUGAAGCAAUCGUUCGUCCUAGAGAUGCUGUCGAGCCGAUAUCCGGGACAUAGCAUCAAUCUCACCAACUCGGAGGAACCCAUCUUCAGCAUCACCUCCUUUGACCAGCUCCGCCAACAACUCCCGACCGGUGGCCACCGCUCGCCGGACUCACUCAAGCUGUACGUGUACUCGAUCAACCAGAAAGGUCACAGUCCGCGUAUCUUCAUAGCCGAUCUGUUCCUGCCGGCCACCCUGGAAGAUCCCGCACCGACCCAUGACCCCAAGUCCACCCUGCUGACGCCGAUCCUGAUCGGGCUGUUCCUAACCAUCGUACUGAUCAUCGUCAUCAUCAUCGUUAGAAUUUAUCUGAAAUCGAAAAGACUUAAACAAAAUAUUAAUAAAGAAAAGCGAUACACGGAAGAGUCGAAAAACACGCUGCUGCUGGUCGACAUAUCGAAGAAGGACAAACCCACGAAAACCACCAAAUGGAUGAACAACGUUGGGAGCAGCAUCAAAACGAAAACCAAGGUCGAAACUAUCGACGACGAGCAGGAUCCCGAUCUGAUACCGUAUCCACGACUGACGGACAUACACCAGGAGGAGCUGAUUCCGAUCAACUCGUCCGGUUCCGCAUUUGCCAUCAAGCAGCACACGGUUGCGCAUUCGCCGCUGGAGGGCGAACCGGACAAGGCCGGUCGGGAUAAGGGCCCGGAUCGGUUUUACCAUCAGCAGGUCAACCAUCACGCCCAUCAGCCCAUCAUCGUUGCGUCCGGCAGCUCGUACCGGGACGAGGAGAUCUCCGAGGCGGAAAUCAACCUGAAAGGAAUUGAAGACUUCCUAAUGACAAACCGAGUGCCGGAAAGCUGUGUGUGAUAUCGAUCGAAUCGCCAAAGCGAUGAACUCGGUGAGGUUCUCUCCUUCACGCUCCCCUUUUCGGAUGGUCAGGUCACAGUGGGUGCGCAAAAAAAUCUACGCUGCUGCUGUUCCUGUGUGUCGUCUUUGUACGAUCAGGAUUGGAUUGAUUCAAUUUGUGCUGUCCAUCAUUCGUACAAGGGGGUUUUUCUUUUGGUUUCACAAAAGUUGCUCAAUUCGUACACGUCGUGAGUGGUGGAGAAGGAAGCAACAGCAAAAACAAGCUUCCCGAAGUUACUUCUGGCCAACUCAUGGCAGUGCAUUAAAUCAAAAAGUUAGUUUUUGUUUCUUCCACUUUCAUUCGCUCUGCUAAAAAGGAAAUGGAAAAUUGAAGUGUGCUGGGUACAAAGUAAAAGCUCGCUUUCUUCUGUUGCUCCACUUUCUUAAACAAGAAGAGGGGGAAAACAAAAAUACACAAUUCAUUGGGCGAAAUUUCUUUUUAAUUUUAAAGCUGUACAAAUCUGACCGGAUGAAGCUGUUGGAAUAGGGAGUUGUAAAAAUAGUUCGGGCCCGGUGGGCUAUCAGAACUUCAAGUAGUAGCCCGUCGUGGCCCAAGCUCAGCUACAGUAAGCGAUACAUAAUACUUAAUCUUGGACCCUUUCAAUGUAAAAAAAAAACAAAGCGCAAACGCAAAGCAAAAAACCAAAAACUAUAUUACAAGUAAGCAAAGCAAGCUGACCGAAUGCAAGCCGCAUCACCGAACUCGAACGCAACGAAACGGAAGCUUGAGCGGGAGAGAAAGUUUCUCGCCCAAGGGGCAAAAAAAAACCCCUCUUGAUGGGUUGAGUAAGGAGCGUGUAGUUAAUAAUCGAAAACAAAAAGCUCUAUUCAAUAUGGACGUGUACCUUAAACUAGGAUCGAAUCGUUAAUCGAACGGUGGAGUGUUUAACUGUACUGCUGCUCGGGCGAGAGCAUUAUUAUUAUUGUCGAUUGAUUGAUCCAUUACGUUUACUUUUAUUGGUCAUAUUCUAAAUAUUAUUAUUGUAAUAAACGACAAAAAAAA